UUUGUGACUAUCGCAGAUGGUCCCAAGCAAGCCAUAGAGGUUUUGGAUGCGCAUGAUGUGAAGAUGAUUGUGACAAAUUACUGUAUGCCAGAUAUGACUGGCUAUGGUCUCCUUAUGGAAGUGAAGAAUUCACCCAAGUUGAGGCACCUCCCGGUGGUGAUUGUAUCCUCUGAUAACAUUCCAGAAAGGAUCAAAAUGUGCUUGGAUGGAGGUGCAAGGGAGUACAUCCCGAAGCCUAUCAUGGCUUCUGAUGUGCCUCGCAUUUUGAGCUACAUAUGA